AUGAGGCGGCCGAAGAUUGCGCUCGUUGGUGGAGGACAAAUCGGGGCUGUCUUAGCCUUUCUUUCUUCACUAAAGGAGUUAGGAGAUGUCAGUAUUUUCGACGUCGUGGAAGGAAUGCCGCAAGGGAAGGCGUUGGAUAUAUCGCAAGUCGGACCUGUGGAAGGGGUGGACAACUGCGUCUCGGGUUCAAAUCAGUUCGCAGCUCUGCAGGGGGCCGACGUAGUUAUCGUCACUGCAGGCGUUCCCCGCAAACCAGGCAUGUCUCGAGACGACUUGCUAAGUAUCAACUCGAAGAUCGUUUCAGAAGUGGCCGAGAACAUUAAAAUACAUGCACCUGACGCUUUUGUCAUUUGCAUUACAAAUCCCCUUGACGCAAUGGUGCAGCUGAUGAGGGAACGAAGCGGAUUGCCGCAUGCAAAGGUGGUGGGCAUGGCGGGGGUGUUGGAUUCGGCACGAUUUCGCUCUUUUGUGGCUGAGAGGCUGCAGGUGUCAGUUGAAGAUGUGCAGGCAAUGGUGAUGGGCGGACACGGAGAUGCAAUGGUGCCCCUGCCAAGAUACUGCACAGUGUCUGGUAUCCCUCUGCCUGAUUUGGUGGCGAUGGGUCAACUCGCACAAAAGGACGUCGAUGACAUUGUGCAGCGCACGCGAAACGGCGGAGGAGAGAUUGUUGAUCUGCUGAAGGCGGGCUCCGCGUUCUUUGCUCCGGCAGCCUCGGGGGUACUGAUGGCUGAGGCAUACCUUAAGGACAAGAAGAGGGUCAUCCCCUGCGCUGCUUACCUCACUGGGCAGUACGGAGUGAACGGCUUGUAUGUUGGAGUGCCGUGCAUUGUUGGAGCUGGGGGCGUGGAGAAGAUCUUGGAGUUGCAACUGACAGCAGAGGAGAAGGCGAUGUUUGCGAAAUCUGUUGAGGCCGUCCGGUCCCUCGUCGACGCAUUGCCUAAAUCCCCACAGUAA